GUUUGUAUGUAUGUAUGUGUAUAUUUGUUUGUAUGUAUGUUUGUUUGUAUGUAUGUAUGUGUAUAUUUGUUUGUAUGUAUGUAUGUGUAUAUUUGUUUGUAUGUAUGUUUGUUUGUAUGUAUGUAUGUGUAUAUUUGUUUGUAUGUAUGUAUGUGUAUAUUUGUUUGUAUGUAUGUUUGUAUGUAUGUGUAUAUCUGUUUGUAUGUAUGUUUGUUUGUAUGUAUGUUUGUUUGUAUGUAUGUAUAUAUCUGUUUGUAUGUAUGUUUGUCUGUUUGUAUA